CGAAGAGGUUUCUUGUUUUUAUCAAAAAAAGCUUUUUGUAGUUUAUAAGAUAUAGCAAAGCUAAUAAGAAGAAGCUAUGAACGAGGAGGAUGGGCUUCUUAUUAGAUCUCCCUUUCAUGUUCAAGGCGUUCCGGUUUAGGAGACUUGUAGUUGGAGAUGGAAGGAGAAGGAAGAAGAAGAAACCAUCAUGGUUAACUCCGGUUUCUCACGGAUACUAUACCGUUGACCGGUUAAGCUAUACCGGCAAUUCGUCGAAUGAUGAUUCAGUUUUUGUACAGAGAGAGCAGCAAAAUGAAGACGAGCUUGAGAUUUGGUUGUUUGGAGUUUCUAAUGCUCUAACAGGGAAAGAAAUGGUCAAGUAUAUGCAAAACCAUCUCUUUGAUAAGCUCCCUAAUGAGCUAGGAGUAAUGAGAAAAUGUAAAGAGACAAUGAGAAGAGCGUAUGCUGAGGAAGAGAGGACCGGUGGCUCAGCCGCUACGGUGGCUGUGGUGAACGGAGAGAAGCUAGCCAUGGCGAGUAUCGGUGGCCAUAGAGUGGUGGUUUGUAGAGACGGCGAGGCUCAUCAAAUCAGAGACAAGAACCGGAGAUCAUCAACAAAACAUUGGUCACAGUUUAUGUUUCCAGUUUGUAAUCAAGGAGAAGCAGUAGAUGAAUCAGAUCCAAGAAACUCAGAACUUGUGGUUAUUACAGAAAAGAUUAGUUCAGAUACUGAGUUUAUCAUUGUCGGUAGCUCUGGGAUUUGGGAGGUGAUGAAGAAUCAAGAAGCGAUUAACUUAAUUAGACACAUAGAAGAUCCUAAAGAAGCUGCAAAAUGUUUAGCUAAAGAAGCUUUAAACAGGAUUAGCAAAAGUAGCAUUUCCUGUGUUGUAAUUCGGUUUGAUUAAACCGGUUUAUUUUUGUACCAGAACCGAAAUAUUUAAAAUUCAAAAUCGAACCGUUUUGUUUUUUUAGUA